GGGUCAGGGAAGGCGGGCCACUCGCGGCGCAAAGCCCUGCGGCCCAACCCAGAGGCGGGGUGAGGGCCCAAGGCGGGUCCUCUUCCACUCCCGGGCUAAACGUAAAGAAAGUGGAAGUGGGAGCGAGGGGGGGGAGGGGAGAAAGAGAGCCUAAUUAAAAGUGCUCGCUUAGAAGAGGCGCCGCUGCUUCAGACUCUUUCUCUUUCUCGUUGCCGCGCCCUAGCCCUGAGCUCAAGCCUGCCCCGGACGGGAGGCGGCGGGAGCGGCAGCUGGAGCCCGAGUUACCAAGGGAGGGGAAAAACAAAGUAGGAGGGAGGGAGGGAGCGGCCGCCGCCGCCGCCUCUUCCUCACUGCUCUCUUCGCGCCGCCGCCACCUUUGUAGCCACCGGGCGGGGAACCUCUCAGACUCACCUGGUCGCCGUCGCCGGCAGCUCGUCGCCGCGCGCGCGUUCGGGAGAAAGGCCCCCCUCCCCACAGGCAACCCCGCCGAGCCGUGCUUCCCGCCAAAUCACCUGUGGAGACAUGGCCCCGCUCCGGCCAGCUGCCUGCUUCCAGCUCCUGGUGGGCCUCCUGAUACUGACUUUCCUGUCUGAAGCUUGCAAGAAAGUUACUUUCAAUGUGCCUCCUAAACUGGAGCCAAUGACAUUAAUUGGUAGAGUAAAUCUGAGGCAGUGCCUCAGAACUCCUGACAUAAUCACUUCAAGCGAUCCUGACUUCAUAGUUUUAGAAGAUGGUUCUAUAUAUACAAAAAAUGCUGUUUCUUUGACUUCUGAGAAGAAAACAUUUGCUGUAUUGCUUAAGGACUUGCAAGAGCACCAACAAAAGAAAAUACAUGUUCACCUGCUGUCUCAUCCCAAAAAGAUGCACAAGACAAAAGAGACUGUUCUGAGGCGAGGUAAACGAAGAUGGGCUCCUGUCCCAACUAGUAUAAUGGAGAAUUCCUUGGGACCCUUCCCAAUGCAAAUUCAACAGUUGUCUUCUGAUACAGCUCAAAAGUACAACAUAACUUAUUCCAUAAGUGGUCCUGGUGUUGACGAGCCACCAGUAGGCUAUUUUUACAUUGAGGCAGAGACUGGAAAUCUCUUUGUUACCCGCCCAAUAGACCGUGAGGAGUAUCAAGAAUUCCCGAUAAUUUGCUAUGCAAAGACACUAGAUGGCUAUACUCCAGAGGUACCACUUGUGCAUUUAAUCCGAAUAGAGGAUGAUAAUGACAAUCCUCCAAUUUUUGAGCCAAAUACAGUUACAUUUUUAAUUCCUGAAAACAGCAGAUCUGGUACUGUAAUUGGACAGAUGGUGGCAACAGACAGAGAUGAACCUGAUACACUACAUACUGCACUGAAAUACAGAAUUGUGGGUCAGGAUCCUCCAUCUCCUCGAGGUGGAAGUACAUUUAAUAUAAAUCCAGAUUCAGGUGCUAUUACUUUGGCAGCUCCAGUCCUGGAUAGAGAGCAUGUAGACAAGUUUUUAGUACUGAUUGAAGCAAGGGAUAUGGCAGGUCAGCGCUUUGGCUUGUGUAGUACUGGAACAGCUGUCAUUCAGGUUGAAGAUAUAAAUGAUCAUGCACCCAUGUGUGAACAUGGUAUGUAUGAAGCGUAUGUUCCUGAAAAUACAGUCGGUGCAAAAAUAGUGGACAUUGGUAUCAUAGAUAGAGAUGCACAUGGAACACCAGCCUGGCAUGCUACCUUUGAAAUCAUAAAGGGAAAUGAAGACGGUGCUUUCAAAAUUGAGAGAAAUCAGAAUUCAAAUAUUGGUACUUUAUGUACUGAAAAGGGGUUAGACUAUGAAAAAAACAAAGAGAGGAGACUGGAAAUUGUUGUAAAUAAUGAAGCGCCAUAUGUUCUGGGACCAAAUGCAAGACCAAUUUCUACAAGUGUUUGUGUUGUUGUUGUUAAAGUACGGGAUGUGGAUGAAGGGCCUGUGUUUGAUCCUUGUGUACUUAUAUUAAAUGUAAAAGAAUGUUUGGAACCUGGAACCAUUGUUGGCCAGUAUCACGCAAGGGACCCAGAAACUGGAAAUAGUGAAGGCAUAAGGUAUAGAAUAAUAAAUGAUCCAUGUAAUUGGAUCACCAUGGAUGACUCAGGUCAGAUCCGAACUGCUAGACUUUUAGACAGAGAUGCACCAGAUUUGCAAAUCUAUCAGUGUAAUGUAACAGUUAUUGCAACAGAUCGAAGUGGUAAAACAGGCACUGGAACAGUGGUGGUUAAUCUGCAAGAUGAGAAUGAUAAUUUCCCAGUAAUUGUUCAAACUGAGUAUAUUAUGUGCAGAGACAGAAAACCAAUUUGUCUUACUGCUGUGGAUGCUGAUUUAUAUCCUUAUGGAGCUCCUUUUCAAUUUUCACUGCCUGAUCGGGCGACACAGUGGUGGCGAAUAGUACAACAUGAUGAAAAUUCUGCAUACCUGGAACCUGUGGGCCCCAUCGAUUAUGGUGUUUACACAAUUCCUAUCAGAGUAACUGAUAAUGCAAAUCAUGGUGGAACCACUAAUAUAAAAGUUCAAGUGUGCGAUUGUACAACCCCCAGUGAUUGCGAUAAUACACGUAUGAUACCUCCACGACGAGAUGCACCUAAUGUUACUCUUGGUGUUUGGGCUAUACUUGCAAUGAUUUUGGGAUCACUGUUGCUGUUGUUAAUUUUGAUAACGCUCUGUGUCUGCUGCCGCCGUUCUGUACCUGUGGGUGGUAGCAAACAUGUGUGUGAUGAUCUAGCAAAUCAGAACUUAAUCAUAUCAAACACAGAGGCACCUGGAGAGGAAGUAAUGGAUCCCAAUAUACUUCCUGUGAAAGCAGGAAAUAUAGUUACUACUGAUCAAGGAGUUGGUGCAGUGAAAACUGGGGGACAGGAAAGCUUUGAAAUGGUCAAGGGUGUUGGACACCAGACGCUGGAGUCAGUUAAGGGAGGAGGACAUCACACCCUUGAAUCUGUCAAAGGAAUGGGACAUCAUACAAUAGACUCUGGAAGAGGAUAUGGACAAUCCAUGAUGGAUGCGUAUAGAUACAAUUACUCAGAAUGGCAGAAUUUCACACACCCUCGCCUAACUGAGAAAGUGUACCUGUGUGGACAGGAUGAAGAGCAUAAGCACUCUGAUGACUAUAUCCUUUCAUAUAACUAUGAAGGAAGAGGUUCUCCAGCUGGCUCUGUUGGCUGCUGCACUGAUCAGCAAGAAGAAGAGGCACUUGACUUUUUAGAUCAGCUGGAACCCAAGUUUAGGACAUUAGCAGAAACAUGUGUAAAGAGAUAAGUGUAUUGACAACACUGGAGAAAGCCAUCAACUUUUCUAUAGGGUAGCUGUUUCAGAACUUGAACAUAGCAAGAUUUCUUCUUUGUAUGUUCUUCAUGGGAGUGCUUAAUCAAAAUUCUGACAUCAGGUUGUCACAAUCAUGGUUUCAAUACCUUGCUUCUUAGGGUUGCGUGCAAUUUGAUCUUGGUCUUAGAUUUGCAUUUAAAAAGUCUUUUUUAAAACAAAAAACAAAUGUAAAGUCUGCUUUUAGUUCAACUGUAACUUAAGCCUCCCACUCUUCCCCCUGACCUCCCCCACAAAAAAGCAGGUUGUUUAUUCAUGGGUGGUAGUAAGUUUGUAUUCAUCUGUCUUUCAUUUAAUUUUUUUUUGGGGGGGGGUGAACUGGUCAGGGGAGGCUGGAACAGUAUUGCAGAAUUUUGGAAUAACCAUUCCUUUUUUAUAUGAAAAAAAUAAGGGAUAUUUAAAAGGAUUUAAUAUCUGAGUUAAAGCAACAAAAUUUUGUAGCCAGCCAACCAGCCACGCUCUUCUCAUGAUUCUUACCUUAUAUUUCUCCCUCUGUUUAUCUGUCCCCACCUCUCUAUGUCUUCUCACCUCAGUGUUCUUAGCAUUUUGUAGCUACCAGGCUGAGUUGGGUAUAUUUAGUCUUGUUCAGAUCUUUUAUUAAAGGUUUUUAUAUUUCUGCAGACCUUGAGAUUUUCCCAAGGUCUGCUUCCUCUUUUGGGAAUAGCUGUUUUUGCUACCUAAGGAACAGCGCUUGGGCAGUGGGCUUGCUUUUAACAUAUCUGGUAUACUUGGUGAUACAAAUUAGACAUCUCCUCAAUUAAAAAUAAAUAGGAGGGAGGAAUGUCUCAGUGAUUUAGCUUGUCUAAAUCAUUUUCCCUCAUUAUAUUUCUAUAUUCUAGAUCUUCCAGAAUAAAGGGAUCUGUGUCAGGCCAUUGCAGCAUAGAAAUGGCAUUCAUGUGUCAUUGAGAACAACGAUAAAAGCCACAAUUUCAACCCAAGAUUUUAAAUUUACUCUAGAGGCAACAGUGUUGUUUGUUGCAUUGUUCACCUAAUGAUCACGGCUGUAUUUUAUAAAACAUUGCAUUAAUUAAAUCAUAAUUAUAGGCAUGAGUUGGGAACCACUGCUAACAUCACUCAGCUCUUAAAGUUACAUAUUAGGCAAAAUAGAGAUCCAAGCUGAGAGAUAUGAAGGGACAACCUUCACACCACAUGGUGACUGAUACUUUGCAGUUGAUGUGCAUUCACAUGCCUGAUGUAUACACUGUUCAUCUGAUAUAUUUACAUAUCUAUAAUUUUCUAAGGAACAGGAAAUAUGUGAUACUGGAAAUCUGGAAUUGUGAACAAGAGUAAGUGAAGUAUAGCAGCUACUGUUAUGGUGUUUCUUGCUAUACACUGUAGAGUGUUUUCUUGAAUGAGAUGGCCUUAAAAGGGAGGAUUAUCAGCACUGGAUUGGACGGAGUUGUAAUGCUUAAAGUAAAUCCAUAUAAAUAAAUGAAAAUCAAGUUAGCCAUCACUGUUAUGUUCCAUUGAUUUUUACCAGGUCUGAGUAUCCCUAGAGCUAACUGAAAUGUUAUGCCCAAUGUCUUUCUUUACUGUGGAAAUUAAUGAGUCAUAAUAAAUAUUUUAUGCUUAAA